GCCCCUCGCCCCGCCCCGCGCGGCGCUCUAUCCCGCGCCUCGCUGGCCGCGCCCGGAGGCCGGAAGUGCCGGUACCGGGGGGGCAGCGGGGGUCCCCGGGGACCACCGACCCCCACCGACCCCCCCCCACCCAUGGGUGCCGCCGGUGGGUGCUGCUGGGUGCUGUCCCACGCGCUGCUCUGCGCCGUCUGCCUGCUCUGCGCUCUCCGGGCCCGCCAGGUGACCGGCGGGCCGGCGGCCGGGUUCCUGCUGCAGGCGCUGGCGGCGGCGAGCGACGCCCUGGAGCCCCUUUGGCCCGGGGGGGUCCCCGGGGGUGACCCCCACCCCGACCCCCUGCCCGGCGCCUGGGUCGCGGCCACGCUGGGACAACCGCUGGUGGCCUUCGGCUUCCACCGGCUCAGCGGCGACCGGGCCACCGCCAACCUGCUGCUGGGGGGGGCCGCGGCGUUGGCCCCCGCCGCCGCGCGGCUCCCCGAGGAGGGUCGGCUGCUGGCCGCCCGCGCCGUCGCCUUCCUCGCCGCCGGCAGCGUCCUCACCCUCUCCGUCCUCACCGCCAACGGGCCCGGGGCGCUGGGCGGCCUCCUCUUGGUCGCCGGGAAUCUGCUGCCGGCACCGGCGCCCGGCGCCCGGCACGACGGGCACCCGUGGGUGCUGGCGGCCGGGAAUUUGGCGUUGCGGCGAGCCCUGCGGGCGCAGCAGCUCGGCGUCGACUGAGGCGUCCCGCGUGCCGGCGGCGAGCGAGCGGGCGGGGCGCAGUAAAGCCGGCGUGUGGUUACGGUUA